AGUGGGGCAAUGGCAGCCUGGUACUCAGCAUCUGCUUUUUAGUGAGUUAAAUCUGGCAUUGAAUAGGCGUUUGCACACUUAAACAGAAUUCCAGGCGUUUUCUCAAAGCGGGUAAUCCUGUGUGAGAACAUGGGGUCGAGUCCUCACUUGGUGAAGCGGUGGCAGCUCAGCGGGACGGACUAUGAGCAGGUCCGCAGCACGCGCUCUGACACGCGCCUCAGCUGCUGGACCCCCCUGAACAACCAGAGCAGCAACCUGCAGUUAUUUGAGGAGAGGAUGACCCUCGUGCUGCACUGGUUUGACCUGUGGACUGACAGACAGAGGAAACACCUGUUGCACUCUCUGCUCACACGUGGCACCAAGUCACAGCUCAAGUACUGCAGAGAUCUUCUGAUGGAGACGCUUCCUGUGACACAAGUGGACUUGACGGCGGUGUUGCCACGCUUCCUGUCCCUGUACGUGAUGUCAUUUCUGUCCCCUCGUGACCUCUGCUCUGCUGCCCAGGUCAGCUGGCACUGGAGAAUGCUUUCUGAGCAGGACUGUCUGUGGGCGAGCCGCUGCAUCACAAGAGGCUGGUUCCUUCCCUACACUCCAGCAGAGAAAGAAUAUGGAGCGUGGAAGAACCACUACGUCUCCUGCGUCUCCACCCUCGACUGGCUCACUCCACGGGAGGCAGCCGAGCAGUAUGGGACCCUUAACCAACAAAGCACAUUGAUGACAGAGGAGGAGGAGAGGAGGAAGGAGAGGAGGAUCAGGCAAAUGAUCAGAGACAAGCUACAGGAGGAUAAGAGACAGUCUAUGAGCACCAGGAGAGCCUGGGGCAGCUACACAAAGCCAGGAGCAGCCAGAGGAGGAAGUACCCAGACAGGGAGGCCCAGCUCUGGAAUAACAUCUAGCUCUUGGCCCUCACUCUCCUGGCCCCCGAGGACUGUAGGGUCCCCCAGCCUCUGUCAGAGCCUGGACAGAGGACAGACCAUGUCUGCAGCUCCGAGCCGGGACAGAGUCCAGACCUGCAGUCCUUCCAGUGAAAGACUGAACAAUGCAAGUGGAGCGCUGUCUUCUUUUACCAGCAGACCUGCACUGACACACACAGUCCCUCCCACCCAUCUGACCCAUCCUGUCCUCUUACUGCUGAUCUCCAACAGAAUCCCUGCCUAUGAGCUGCUGCUGAGUGGUGUGAAAGCAGGAGUGAUUGUGGUUCUGUACGACCACAGAGGGACUCUCUCAGCUCUGUUAGCCCAGGUGGAGAGGGCUAUCAUUGGGCAGGGAGCUCAGAGACUGGGCCUACUUGCUCCUGGAGGAACUGAAGAAAUCCAUCUGCUUCACAGGUGUAUUCUGUCAGAGAGGACUCUGCUAAACCCAGAUCAAAGGGAUUUCUGGGAAAAACUUAGUGGCUGGGUGGCACCAGCUGAGGAAGGAGGAGGGAUUGACAUCUUCUCCCCGCUAGCUGCUUGUGGUAGGUGGACGCUGUUAGAAACACACACUUCUCUGAGUCUGUCUCAAUGGCUUCCCUUCUCUGUCUCUUUCCCUCCCUCAGCACCAGGAGCGGCUCUCAUCCAGACCCUGUCUUCUCUGACUGGUCUGGAGGUCCGGACACCAAUGGGUCUUGCAACUGGAAGUUUUCAAAACAUCCUGAGUGAAUGGUCUGACGGCAGCGUGUGCACCGGACUAUCAAACCAAGGACCAUCAGCCCCGGCGCUGCAGUUUGUGUGUGAGAGGGUCCUGCAGGGCUGGUGCAGACAGGCUGAGUGGAUGGAGGAGGCCCUGGGGGCGCUGAGGGGCCACCUGGGGCCACAGCUACAUCGGCUCAGCCUGGAGGCCAGGGGCAGAGCUCUUGGUGGGUUUCAAAUGAAUGUAGAUUCAAAUUCAUACACACACGGCUGGAGCAAUUUCAGGUUGAAAUGGAUGACGCCCUGUAACGUCUCAUUUGUAGGUCUUUUUCUGUGGGAGAAAAUGUGCCUCGAGGAGCUGUGUGUGUCCAGAGAUCUCAAUGAGGCGCUGAUAGAGGGACUCACUGCUCUCACACGACAGAGAGAGACCAGACCUCUGGAGUUUCUUGCUGGUUUCCUGACAAGGUGGACUAAUGAUAAGGAGGGAGAAGAGAGCAGUGGAGACGAAAACAAAAGAGCAGAUGACUUCUCGUCAGCACCACAAAGCUCACAGAUAGCGUUAGAUUGGAGAGGGGCAGCUGCCAGAGAGCUCCACCACAGCGAGUGUCUUUACCUGGGCAGACUGGGCGCCGUGCUGAAGGUGUACCAGGAGCCUCUUACAGCAGCGCUCAACUCCAACAGAGCCAUUCUGAGCUACAAUGACAUCCGCAUGGUCCUCAGCCCUGUCACGCAGAUACUGGAGCUCAACAGGGUGUUUCAGGUGGAUUUAGAAGCCCGGCUGCAGCAGUGGGGCGCAGAGCAGUGUGUUGGAGAUGUGCUCGUGAAACUGUGCUCAAAACUUAGAGUCUACACCAACUACCUCAACAACUACACCACAGCCAUCCACACCAUCGACAAGUGCAGGGAGACAAAGCCUCCAUUUCGGGCUUUCCUGAAGAGAGCAGACAGAACUCUUUCAACACACAUGCUGAGCCUACAGGAACUGCUGCUGUGUCCACUGUGGAGAAUCCAGGAGUAUGUGACUCUGCUUCAAGCUCUGUGUUUGCACACACACACCGCUCACCCUGACCACACACACCUCUCCUCUGCCCUCAACACCCUGGUGACAUUCAGAGAAUUCACACAAAAGUUAAAGCGUAACUCUGAGAGAGACAGGCUGAUAGAGCAAACGCAGCAGAUGAUCCAAGGAUGCCCGAACCUCAGUGAAGGAAACAGGCAGCUGAUAAUAACUCAGGAUGCUGCCUUGCUCAGGAGCCCUGAUGAGCAGAUUCCUGACUCGCUCAGGAUCUAUGAGCAUGUGUCAGACGUGGGCCUGUUCCUGUUUAACGACGCAUUGGUGUUGACCCGGCGACGUGUUCAUCACACACCUUUCACGCUGACUUACCAGAGCACACACACUUUCCUGGCUUCAGUGGCUCUCUGCAGCCUGUCCGUCAGAGAGGUCACACACACACGCUAUGUGUGUCAUGCCUUUGUCCUGGAGGGUCCUUGUCGUUCCUGGGUGUGUGCCACAGAGAGAGGAGAGGAGAGAGAGCACUUCCUGUCUGUGCUGCGUCCCGCCUUAAACGCUGCUCUGACGGUACAUCAGUGACGGCACCGGCAGGACAACCCCCCGGCAGGACAAGAGGAGGUUUGGACACCACUGGACACCACAGUCUGAUUACUUUGUUUUUAAAGCUUAGGAAAAAUCUCUUAAACCAAUUGUUUUUCACAUUCCACAAUAUUAUAUACCUGCAAACAUAGCUUUCCUGCUACUGUUUAAACUGUGUAUCACAAUACCACCUUAAAGUAUUUAGAGUCCUAGAGUCACAAUGAUAACUAAGACAAAUGAAGUAUUUUGUAAAAUGUUGCACAAUCCUGCUUUCCAUCAGGUGGAAGGUUAUCAAAUGACAGUGACAAAUCAACCAAUAUCUCUACACAUCUUUGUCAGCUUGACAUUUUGAACCCACUUUUACGGAAUAUUACAACUAUUUAUACACGUAUAUUUUUGAUUUACCUCAUGGCAGUACACCAAAUGAUGCUCAUUACAUAUUUUAGUUAUUCCUGUACUCGCGCACCAUGAAGCUUUUGCAGUUUAAUAAAAUAACUUGUAGUUUUUAUGAAGUAGUUGUCGAACAGUAUGAAUCACAGUGGAUAUUAUAGAUUGGUUUGUGUUGCGUUUUCCGGUAGCUUUUUGUCUUUUGUGUAAAGAAGCUGUGUGUUGUACACUCUGCAUGUACUUGUUGUAUGUAUCAGCCAUUUGCAUUUCUUUCCCUUGUAUAUCUAUACAAAUAAUCACUAAUUUUACCUUACAAAAAUCACUGUUUGUUAUUGUUCCUCAUUGCACCACCUAGAAUUUUGACAUACAUAUAUUCCAAGUUUUCAGUGGUAAUAAAAUAUUUCAAUGCAAUAUUUUCAAUUGAAUGUUUUAAAUUGGCUUUGCUUUCAAACUGUAUACAUGUGGUAAUGGUUGAUCAGCAUAAACUGCAUCAUGAUAUUUAUAUGAUUUCUCAAAUCCAAUUCAUUUUUAGAAUUAGAUCAGAAAUAUUUCUCUUCAGGUAU